AUGUCACUUAUACCAUGGGGCGAGUCUCUGCUGGCGCUGCCGAAGCGCUGGCUGAGCCAGGGCGGCCAGGAGGACGACUUUCAGAAUGCGGAGCUGCCAAAGCUGCCGCUGCCUCCCCUGCAGGCCACCUUGGACACGUACCUGGAGUUCGCGGCCGUGGUGGCGAGCCAGGUCCGCGUGGAGCACACGCGCGCGCUCGUGCGGGCCUUCGCCGCGCCCGACGGCGUGGGGCCCAAGCUGCAAGCUGUGCUCGAGGCUAGAAGGGAGGAGAAGGAGAACUGGGUGACAGACUGGUGGCUGGACGACAUGUACCUGAAGGUGCGUCUGCCGCUGCCCAUCAACUCCAACCCCGGCUACGCGUUCCCGCGCCGCCACUUCGCCAAGAUGGAGGAGGUGGCCGACCUCGCCGCGCUCUUCGUGGAUGACCUGCUGGAUUAUAAAGAGAUGCUGGAUAGAGGCGAGCUCCCGCUGGAGCGCGCGACGAGCCGGGAGAAGGGGCAGGCGCUGUGCAUGGAGCAGUUCUACCGGCUGCUGGGCGUGACCCGGAUACCCGGCCCGGGCAAGGACCGCCUCGAGCUGCCCCGGUACAACCGCCAGGAGCCCGUCGACUCGCUGCAGGAGCUCAUCAUUGUGGCGUGCCGGAAUCAUUUCUACCCGAUCCCAGUCAAAGCUAUCGACCGGGGCCGGCUCAGCCCGGGCGAGAUCCAGGCGCAGCUGCUGCAUGCCAUGGUGGACGCGGGGGGGCUCCCGCCGGCGCCGCGCGUCGGGCUGCUCACUGCCAUGGAGCGCGACCAGUGGGCGCAUACCAGGGAACUGCUCAUGACAGACGAGAACAACCGCAGCAACCUAGAGCUGAUCUCUCGCGCGCUGUGCGUGGUGUGCCUGGACGAGUCGGGCGGGGACCGCUCCGACUCGGACGCCGAGACCAACGCGCUGCUGCGCUGCAUGCACGGCGCCGGCACGCGGUUCCACUCCGCCAACCGCUGGUUCGACAAGACUGUGCAGCUGAUCAUCUCCUCCGACGGCACAUCAGGCAUGUGCUACGAGCACAGCGCGGCGGAGGGCGUGGCCGUGGUGCGCCUGGCUGAGCGAGCCCUGGCCCGCGCCGCCGUCGCCCCGCGCCCCGCGCCGCCGCCCGCGCUGCUGCCCGCGCCGCAGGUCAUGCGCUGGAACCUUACCCCGGAAAUGGACAGGACUAUCCGGAUGGCUGGGGCGGCUUUGGAUCGACAGAUAGACAACCUGGACUUCUGCGUGUUCACGUACCGCGGCUACGGGCGCGAGUUCAUGAAGCAGUGCCGCGCCAGCCCCGACGUCUACAUCCAGCUCGCGCUCCAGUACGCCUACUACAAGAUGUACGGCCACCUGGUCUCCACGUACGAGUCGGCGUCCCUCCGGCGGUUCCGUCACGGGCGCGUGGACAACAUCCGCUCGGCGCACGCGGCCGCGCUGGCCUGGGCCGCCGCCAUGUGCGCCGCCGAGGCCGAGCUCAGCGAGGGCGAUGAUGGACAGAAGAAGGUGUCGUUCAAUUUGUAUGGGGAGCAGAAGAAGCUAGAGCUAUUCGAAGAAGCAGCUCGCAAACAGACGGCCGUCAUGGAGGACAACAUCCUGGGCCGAGGCAUCGACAACCACCUGCUGGGGCUGCGCGAGGCGGCGCGGGAGACCUUCGGAGACCUGCCCGAGCUCUUCACCGACCCCGUCUACCAGCAGAUGAUGGAGUUCAAGCUCAGCACCAGCCAGGUGGCAACAACGACCGACGGCACCUACAUGGGCUACGGGCCGGUGGUGCCGGACGGGUACGGCUGCAGCUACAACCCCAAGAAGGAGCUGGUGAUCUUCUGCAUCUCCUCGUUCUGCUCCUCGCCCGCCACCAGCACGGAAGCGUUCCGCCAGGCGCUGCAGGAGGCGCUCGACUCCAUGAGGCUCAUGUUCCAGAACCGACCGCAAGAGAGUCAAGACACUACGUAA